GAAGAUAUUCCCCGCCCUUGGAAAGCGCUAAUGCAUUGGGCCCCACUCCAACCAUUCUGUCAACUGGGCCCCACUCCUCCCCUCUUCCUUUUUACAAAAGUCCACCGUCAACACUCUGACAUCAAACUUAACCACAGUUACUUUCCUAACCCAUACACCAUUUCCAAUCUCUCCUUCUUUUUAACCCACUCUUCUACCGUUUCUAAUACUCCUUCUUCUCCAUCCAUUUUCAUUUCUCUUAUUAUUUGUAUUUCCAUUAAAAUCCUUUCUCUCUCUCUCUCUCUCUUAUUCCCCUAUUCAUCAUUGCCUUCCAUCUUAAGAAACCUUUUGUUCUCCAUUCCAUAAUAAUCCUCAACUGCAACUGUUCUUCAAUCUAAAACUCAACGCCCUUUCUGAUUUCGAGAUUCUGUAUUUAAUUACCAAUUACUAAUCCAAUACUCCCAAGCAUGAGUUGCAACGGUUGCAGGGUGCUACGAAAGGGCUGCAGCGAAACCUGCGUUUUAAGGGGAAGUCUCCAUUGGAUUGAUUCUCCCGAAGCUCAAGGGAACGCCACUCUGUUUCUCGCUAAAUUCUUCGGUCGUAGUGAUCUCUUGUCCUUCAUCUCCGCCGUUCCUUAUCAUCAAAGACCCGCUCUGUUUCAGUCACUGCUAUUCGAAGCUUGUGGCCGCACCGUUAACCCAGUUAGCGGCGCUGUUGGUCUACUAUCCAGCGGGAACUGGCACGUCUGUCAGGCGGCGGCGGAUACCGUUCUCAACGGCGGAGUUCUCCGACCGAUACCCGGAUUCGAAAUUUCUGGAAAUCUCACGCCCAACCUCGAUGAAUCCUUGCUUACUUUCAAUACCGAUGUCUGGACUACCACUACACACAAUCUUCAAUUUUACCCAUCUACUCCGUCUGAUUUCCGGUGCCUUCCUGAUCUUUCUCUCGGCAGAGGGAAGAAUCAUCCGUUGGAGAAUCGGCGGUCUCUUGAUUCCGAAGAGUCGGUCAUGACCAGCUUCGGAAGCGGCGAUGUCGGCGACCGGCGGAAAGAGACGAAGCUUUUGAACUUAUUCGUAUGAAAGAAGGAAGAGAGAAAGAGGGAUGGAAUUUUGUUUCGAGUUUAGUGACGGUGUUGUAGAAGCAACGACAGUGAAUAAUCCAAUGAGAUUUUAAUAAUCAGUCCGUUCGGAAAGGAACUGUCGCAAUGGAUUUUCUUCCACCGGCGACGGUGAUUUUAUCCCUUCUGUUUAAAAUUAAGAUAAAAUACCUAAUUUUUUGGGAGGGGGGCUUUACGGUAAUUUUAAUAAUGUAAGUAGAUGACGUGUAAUUGUGGAGAGGGAGAGGUUGCAUGGAUAAUCAAAAAUCAAUAUUGUCCUCGCCGUACCGUACAGCCUC